AGACUUCUUGCAGCUGGGCAAUAUUAGAGUGGGAAGGUGCCAAGUAACUGGGUGAUGCCUCAAGCUUGUGUCUAUCCAUCUACCCGUACUUCUAGAAAUAAUAUAAACGCCUUUUCAGGUUGUAUCCGAGCUCCUUGAUGUCGAGGAGGAGUUGGAGCACUCAGUGAGGCCACGCGUCAGUAGGAGAAGCUGCCAAGCGCCCGCUCAUCCCUCCCAUCGCACCCCUCCAGCAGCCUGUCUAUGAGAGAAUAGCUGUGUGCUGGACUGGGACCAUGCUUCUCUGACCUUUGCAUGAGCCCAAAACAAGCAUGAGGAGAAACUCUUCACCCGGUCGCUGCUCCUCUGUUGUUACUGCUUGGACUUUAGAUUGGAUUCUUUGCAUUUGCAUUGCAUUUGGAGGAUCUCUGAGCGCUUCAGAAGGACUAAGGAAUUGUGCCUCACAGCGGCCCAUAAGGUGGUCCAGGAGCUCGCAUUUUGUCGCUGUUCUAAGGAUGUGUUCCUCUGACCACCUGCUGGCAUCUGGGGUUUCGUCUCCCUUUCCUGGCAUCCACUUUCUCCAGCCCCUGGGGUCGCACUGCUGCGGCGGCUCCCGUGAGGAUGCAGCGGGCGCGGCUGCCCGGCCGCUCGGCGUCGGCGGGGACGCGCCCUGCGGAGGACUGAGCCCCCCGGCCCCCCUGCCCGCCGCCACCAUGAACACCAACGUGUGCGUGGAGAGCGGCCCCAACCCCGAGGCGCCGGGGCUGCCCAAGGACAGCCACCUGCCCGAGGGGGCCCUCAACAGCCUUGUGGAUUACAACUCGGAGAUGGAGAGGUACCGCUCCUUCGCCACCUUCUACAAGACCAACGGCGGCGCCUUCCCGCAGGCGGCCAAAAUCGCCCGCAUCACCACCCCCAUCUUCCCCAGCGCCGCCGCCGCCGCCGCCGCCCGCAUCGGGAUGUCCCCCUGGAACUGCGACACCGCCACCGCCGCCGCCGCCACCGCCAUGCUCUGGGGCAGCGGCGGCGCUGGCGGCGGCGGCGCGGCGAGGAAGCCUUCCUCCUCCUCCUCUUCCUCCUCCUCCUCCUCCUCCUCCUCCUCCUCGGCCGCCGCCGCCGCCGCCGCCUCGCUGCACGCCGGCAGGGGCAGCAUGCACCACCGGAGCGACUCGCAGCGCCUGGGCAAGCCGGGCUGCGCCCCGGGCGAGCAGCCGGCGCUGCCCAUGGCCAACAACAAUUUCCUCUCCAGCCUGGCCCCCGAGCACUGCCGGCCGCUGGCGGGCGAGUGCAUGAACAAGCUCAAGUGCGGCGCGGCCGAAGCCGACCUCAUGAACCUCCCCGAGCGUGUCGGCACCUUCUCGGCCAUCCCGGCGCUGGGCGGCCUCUCGCUGCCGCCGGGGGUGAUCGUCAUGACGGCCCUGCACUCCCCAGCCGCCGCCUCGGCCGCCGUCACCGACAGCGCCUUCCAGAUCGCCAACCUGGCGGACUGCCCGCAGAGCCACGCCUCGGCCGCCCCCGCCUCCGCCCUGGGCGCCGCCGCCGGGGCGGGGGGCGGCGGGGGAGGCGGCGGCGGAGGAGGAGGAGGAGGAGGAGGAGGAGGAGGUGGAGGAGGGGGGAGCGGCGGUGGCGGUGGGGCCGGGGCCGGGGCGGGGAACCCCGCCAAGAAGAAGCGGAAACGCUGCGGGGUGUGCGUGCCCUGCAAGCGGCUCAUCAACUGUGGAGUCUGCAGCAGUUGCAGGAACCGCAAAACGGGACACCAGAUCUGCAAGUUUAGGAAAUGUGAAGAGCUUAAGAAAAAACCGGGCACUUCGCUAGAGGUCAGAGGAGAUGAUUUCUUUUUCCCCAGCCUCCCGCCGUCCCUCCUCAACCCCCUGCCCCCGCCCCUGCAGUGCUUCUUGUCUAGCUUCAAGAUGCAGCACCCCUUUUCCGAGGCCUCCUUCAGGCUCUGAGGGUUCCCCCCCCCCCUCCCCCGGCCCCGGCCCCGGCCCCGGCCCCGGCGCCCCCCCUGCGCCGCCCGGCCCCGGCCCCGCUCCCGGCCCCGAGCCGGGGAGCCCGAGGCGGCUCCGCGCCCCCCUCUCCUCUCCCCCCGCCGCACGGGGACAGCGCUCGCCCGGCCCGGCCGUGCUCCGACACCGGUGGCUGGCUCCGGGCUCUCCUCUCCGGCUUUUCCUCUCUCUCUUUCUCUCUCCUUUUCGGUUUGCGCCGAGCCGUUUUGCUUUGCUUCGCCUUUUCGUUGGUGGCUUUUCUUUCUCCUGGUGGCGGUGGUGGCGGGGCGGUGGGGAGAAGGGCGGCCGGGUGCGAUGCACAGCGCUGGGGUGGGGGGGGACACACGGAUACAGCGCAGGCUUCUGGCCGGACUGCACCCACGCCUCUCUUACGCCGUGCCCUCGGACCUGACGAUGCGUUACUGAAUGCUCCCCGGCCCUAAAGACAGGCUGUCGAGUGUGCUAGGCGUGCAGGCAGCUUCGACGGCGCAGAAAUUUCGGGGACCGUACCCGAGCCCUGCAGACAAUGGAAGGCAAAGCGCCCCGCUGCACCCAACACGGCUGGUGGUUGAUGGCGGUAGGCAAAGGAAACAAGCGAGGGGAGAGCCUAGCAAUCACACUUAAUCCCUUGUCAUUAUUAAAAUUACAGUGUCGCUGGCGAGGUGCAUGCAUCAGAUGUGUCUGGAGGUGUCGAGGAUGAUGGAUUUAGUACAGAGGAGCGGUGCACACGGGGUGACAUCGAGAUUUGUAGUCGCAGGAAUUAGCAACUCAGUGAGAAGUCACAACUCCUUCCCCUGUCCCCAUGUGCAUGGGGCGGCUGGUGCCCCGCUCACUGCUCGCAGGAGCAGAGGUGGGGUGAGGGCCCCGGGGGGAGCAGCAGCGAGAGCCCACCCGCAGACAGUGGCACUACGCUGGGACGAAGGCAGCGCUGGGGUUGUGAGUGACGUUUGGCCGAUGGCAUUAACUCUUUUGAGGCCGGCCUCAUCAGAAUAACGGAUGAAUUUCCUCCUUUGCAAGAGCGGCCUCUCCUUGCUGGAAGUUUGUAGCUCUGCAUCCUCUUGGUGGGUUUUGUGCAUGUGUGAGGGCCCGGCAUCACUGACCUCCAGCCCAGUGCGGACCCUCCGGGUGCUGGACGGGGUUAGCAACCCGUGGUUUAUCUCAAUUACACACACACCGUGAUUGCUUUUGUAGAAAGUUUGCCAAGAAGACGCGUAGUACCCCGGUCUGAUCCCGAUGGACUAUUGUACCGAGCACAGCCCAAACGAGUUUUCUCUGGCGAGAGGUGUGGAGCAGCCCCGCGGGCCUCUCGCCAGCCUGGGUGCUGCUGGGGCUUAAGGGGGGUGAUAAAUGGCAGCUUCUGAUGGCUGAUCGAUUUGUGCAGAAAGUGAGCUAUCUCUGGGAGAGGCGCGUUUGCACGCUAUCAGAUCUUCCGAUGGGCUUGCGCGCGCCUCAGCGUGCAUCUCCAGAACUUCCUCGCUCCUGACAGAGGUGUUUGGCAGCCUUAAAAGCCGCUCAGGCGUGUUAUGAGAAUGCCGCCCAUUAAAAUUGUUUAACCGCUGCGACUAGUAAAAACCCUGCUUUUAUUAGCCACUUGUGUACUCUCAUAACCACCUGCCUUCGCGUCUUCUCUUGGCUUUCUCCCCGCCCCGUUUGCGCUCUGUCAGACGGAUAAACACACACAAGCUCCUCUGCUGCUGGGCCGGGACUUCUCUCUCGGUUCCCACUGUGGAGGAGUCAGCAGGGCAUCACCCCACUGCAGGCCGUGGCCGGCCCCAAAGCGUGCCACAGGACGCGGCUCGCCUCCUUGCAGGAGCAUCCGUAGGCCAGGAGGAGUUCCCAAGCAGAGCAACUUUCCCUUUUCGGUUGUUUCUCCUAUUUCUGCUUCUUUCUUUCCUCUAAUGGAGUAACGACACGUGGCAGUGUCACUGCUAAGGCCGCGUGUGGCAGCGCGGCGCUGGCCUCGUGGUCAGGAGCGGCGGGGCCAACAGGGCCGAGCCAAGGCAGGGGCUGUGGUGGGUUCCCCGACUGCGUGGGCAUCUCAGCCUCCUUCAUCCUGCGGCCCUGGGGAGCCAACAGGGCUGCUCUGGCGAUCCCUUGUCAUCUGCAUAGGCACGGUCCCGAGGGAAUGCAGCGAGGAUGGAGGAAGGGGUGUCCGCGGGUGGCGCGUUCGUAGGACGUGAGAGUUGGGCUCGACGUCGGCUGCGAGUCAUGGAGAGGGUUCAAAUCAGGGGCGGAACUGUGCUCAAAAGCGAAAUAAACGGGAAACAAGAAUAAUAACAAUAAACAGCAAACUGAUUGAUCCCACUGCAAGCAUCUCUCUCUUUUUUCCUUUAAAUCUGUUCUCCUGCUGCUGCAACGAAGGCCUACGAUACAAUUCUCAAGGUUACUACACCGAGUGUAAGACAGAUUCACGUUAAUACGUUCCAGUCCCCGACCCGUACAUUUUUAAUGGAGUGCUUCCCUCCCAGCAUUUUUUUUUAAAGACCAGAACUACUUUUUCCUAUUUUUCUUGUACCGUUUUCACCCUCAAAGUGUCCCAAUGCUCUAGUAUUUUACAUAGAAUGUUAUUAUUACUAGGAAAUUUUAUGUAUGGUAAUAAUAAAUCUCUAAAACUAAGAUUGACGUCACGUUGCACGCUGCCUACUUGUGUAUGUAUAUUCUGUCUUCAUGCAGAUUUACAGUUGGUUUAAAGAGGCAUAAUCUUUAUUCACCCGUGGAGACUACUUAUUUUCCUCUGAUGGGCGUACGCGUCUGUAACUUCUGCAGCAGGUUAGGAGGAUCAGGAGCCAGAUACGACUCUUUGAAGGAACCCACCCUGACUCGGGUGGUUUUUCAGGUCCUCAUUUCCAUUAGCGCGGUAGCGAAAGCAGGCGGAGGGGCUGGCUCACGGCGGCAGGGUCUGCACGGUUCAGUACCGACCUGAAAUACCAGCCCCCACACACACACCCCAAAUACCAGCCUCCAGAUCCCACCGAGGCACCUCACCGAGUCGCAUUUCGAGGGAAUUUGGGAUCCUUCCCUGGGGGUUGGUUUCCACAGAAGCGGCGCCCGGCCCUGGCCAUCUUACCACCACGCGGCCUGGUCACGGGACAGCGAGGCCAGGUUGGGUGGGCUGCCACAGGGCUCUGUGGCUAGGCAUCAGUUUUUGGGGGCCUUGGAAGAAGAUAUUUCCCCCCACUAAACAUGUUUUGUGCGCUGAGUUUUCCAUUUGACCUCUGGGGGUCCCCAGGGACGGCUCCAUGCCACAAGGCCUCUCGCUGCCGUGCUCUCCAUGCCCUGACCUCUGCCUCUUGGAGCACUCGUGGACGCUGUUUGACCUUCUGCUGUGGGACCACAUCUCGCAAGGCUUGGCGCUGCAGUCAAUGGGAGACGUGUGACUGAGGGAAGCCCUGAGGGCCCUGCAGAGCUGAGCUCGUGGUCUGCCUACGGCUCUGGCAGAUGAGCGAGCCUGAAAAACCUAGCUCAAGGGGGAUCCUCUGAAACGGAGACGGAUGUAGCCCGUUUUGCUCCUUCGUGUUUUGUUGUUUCCCCUUCUCCGUGUGAUGCUUACAGAGCAGAGGAGCUGCCCCAGCCACGUGACGAUAGCUGUGUUCAAUCCCAAAUGCACCUCGUGGAAACUGCUGGUUGAUACCGUGCAAUAGCAUCUGUGUUUUGUGAAAGGGGGACAAAAGGCGCAUUUUUUUGUUCCACAUGAAGUCCCUCCCAAAUGAAGAUCACUCUCUUAGUGCUGGGAUCUGGGACUAAACUGAACAGAAAUUAAUUAAUUCAGCAAAAAUUGUAGACCAGUCAAGGGUUGAGCAGCCUCUUCCAUACAAACACUGCUUUCUACGUGCAUUGGAACUUGCUUGCUUUAAAUCAUUGAACUGUGAUUGUUUGCCAGGGAAAUUGUCCAUAUGGUAAGGGAGGUUAACCGGUUAUGGCAGUGCUGUGCUCUGACUGCACUGAGCACUUCUUUGCACAUUUUCCUCCGUACCAAUACAGGCUGUGCAGUGGGGUUCCAGGAUGCUGCGCCAAACUUCGUUCUUUGCCCAGUGUUGUCACUGAUUCAUUUGUCUCAUUUUUCAGUCGACAUAAUGAAAUCGAUGAGCAUUGUUUAGGCUGGACAAGUGGCAUGUGUCAUGAGAAAUAUGAUGAAUGAAGGUAGAGCUUUUUCUAGAGCAGCAAUAAGCAUAAUGGGCUCUCUCUUUCUCUCUUUCUCUCUUUCUCUCUUUCUCUCUUUCUCUCUUUCUCUCUUUCUCUCUUUCUCUCUUUCUUUCUUUCUUUCUUUCUUGUCUCUGUCUUUCUUUCUUUCUUUCUUUCUUUCUUUCUUUCUUUCUUUCUUUCUUUCUUGUCUCUGUCUUUCUGUCUUACCCAAGUCUCUUUGGAAUUUUUAUUUCAAUCUGAGGAGCACAGAAGCCAGCAUGACUUGGACCCCUGUGUCAGCUACGGCACUUUUGGAGAAUCUUACCAAUGCUGUUUGUACCAAGGGCUGUGGGCUGUAUUCCCCAUGCCUUCCUCAAGCGAGGAGACAUUUAAGCCAGUGGAUACUUGAACACGGUGUUGGGUACUGCUCAUUCAGGGUGGGUAACCAUAUAGCGGCAGUUCAACACAACAGUCCCAAUUUUUGUUUGGCUGUGUGUGUGUGUUGACGUUACUGCUUUGUUGGGCCACUUUCCAUGCAGGUCUGCUUGCUAGGUUGACACCUAACACCAUUACUGAAGUCAGGGAAGACUGAGCUUGGCUGGGGAAUGAAUUAGGAUGUCAGAAAAUGAUCCCUUUUGAAUAGCAACAUCUUGGUACUACAUUUUUGUUUCAUUUGAACUCCAGGCAGUUCAAUAAAAUAGAGAUACUAAUUUCAGUACUCUGUGUCAUGCGCUUGAUGCCUAGCAAUGGCUGAGAACAAGAGCUUUCCAAAUAGCCUAAAAAUUUGUAUCAGCUGCUAGUUUUCCAGCUCUACCCAUGCAUGUGUUUUAAGAGUUUGGCUGGCGAAUAAGAUAUUUCUAAGCAGGCAAACCUAGAGUGUACACCCUGAAGCCUCACCAAAUACUGCCUAAUCCUUUUGAUCACUGUUUGCGAGGGGAAGCAGCUGCUGAUUGUGCAGGGAAAGGCUUAGGAUAAGCUUUCGGAUGUACCCAAGUGAGUUAGGAGGAAUGAGAAAGUAACUCGUGUCCCUGUAAGGAAGUCCCUGGGACUUGGCCUCUGUUGCUAACAAUUCCCAAGUCACCUACUAUGUGCUUAAAAACUGCCAGCAGAUACCUUGCUUCCUGAGGUGCACCACCAUCCGAAGAAAGCAUUUCUUUGCUUCUGUAGUGUCUGUAUUUGUUGAAAGCUCAUCUGCCCUGAAUGAUCAUACUGAACCACAUCUUGAAGCAGGCUGUUUGGCUUGAUGCUCUUUGCUAUUUGGGAGCCCAGCCUGCUGCGUCUCUUUUCUCUUCUUUUGGGUACCCUUGUUGUUUUCCACAGCCAUAUCAUGUGCAAUCACAUGCAGACACCUGUCCUGAAAUUGAAUUACGCUGUGGCGUAAUCUGGAGUCAUCCCCCAUUUCAGCAUCCCGUGCGUGCUGUUCUUUGUUGAGUUAUGUUGCACCAUACUUCAGAUGCGACAGCCAUUUAAUAAUAUUGAAGCCUUAGCUCUGCAGGGGCUAAAAAGAUCCCAGCAGGCUUGUUAACUUCUACUCUCAGACAUUAUGGGAAAUAUUUUCUCCUCCCUGGAACUCCUAGGCAUCCUCUUAAUUAAGACCAUAAAAAUCCAUAGCCAGGUAUGCGUUAAGCCUAUUGAAUUUUUUUGCAGUUUUCCAGAGUCUCGUUGUACUUAACCAGAUACCACACUGCCGAGUGAAAUACGAGAACUUGAAAGGAAUAAAAGCAGCCUGGGUCGUGCUGGAUACUGCGUUCUGAGCGGGCAGCAAACUCAUCAAAUGCCUGUUCCCUAGCCACCAUAGAGCUUUAUUCUUUCCUCUGCUCUGCAUAGUGUCUUUCCUCAUUUCAGUCUCACAAGAGAUGGCCAUUUUAAAAGGUAGCUCCUCUCCUGUCUCAGGACAGUGUUCCUUUCACUUCCAGGCUGUCUUGGCUGUGGUCUCCGCUGUAUUUCUGUACAGGAUCAUUAUUAGCUGGUGUCAGGCUUCAUUUGACUAGGAGCUAAUAAUGGGUUAUUCAGUGGUUUAGAAAGUGCAGAAGCAGCAUUAAAAAUUGAGGUAGAAGGAAGAUCUUAAUAAACACCGGAAAAUUAUGGGAAGUCCUACAGAGUUCAGGAUGGAGAUCACUGAACACAGUAGGUGAGGAGGAAAGAGCAGCCGCGGAGUGCUCAAGCAGAGGUGGAACCAAGAGCAGCUCAGGGCUGGAGAGGAUGAGCAAAGCCUCAACAAGAGGGUGCUGCUCCUCAGCUGGAGCUGCUCAGGCACCGUAGGGCGGGUGGACAGAGCACCAGAGGUGGUCUGCUGCAACGCGGUGGUGCUGGAAAUGGUGGUGAGACCUCCUGUGGUGCAAAGAAAGCAGACUACAGCUGCUGCAGCGAGCGGGUUUGCCGUUCAUCGUGCCGGCGCGGCAGCUGAAGAGCCCACUGGUAGUUGUCUUCCCACAACUUCUCCGAGGGAAGGCUAAGGCUUUGCAGAGCAGAAGGGGAUCCUAAAGAGGGUGAGCAGGGCUUUCCGCAUGCUCUCAUUGAUACGGAAGUUUCUUUCAUUCAUUUUCAUUAUUUUUUUUUCUAAAUCGAGUAGAAUUUAUGGAGAGAAUCUGGGUGCCGGGUGAGCAUGUGGGGUGGGAGGAGUUGUGUGAUCCGAACAAGUUGUUCCAGAGACGAGGAAGCGAGGAAGGCAAACGUACAGACAAGCUGACAAAUGUGAAAGAGGGAGGCAACGCUAGCAGUGAAGGGCUGAAAAUGAUGAUUUGUUGCAUGAGGACGUCUCGGGCUUAGAGGCUUCUUAGGUGUCACGUACUGCAUGUCCAAGGGAAGCCGGAGUGCGCCAGCAGUGUGCCAGUCUGCACUACGUCAACACAAGGAAUUUGCUCCAUCAACACAAGAGAAAUACCCCUCAUGUUUUUGAGUAACAUCCAUCCCUCUGCACGCCCUGGCUGCCGGUGGGGCCGCAGACAUUGUGUGUGGGAGGGAGCUGAAGAGCGCAGAAGAUAAAGGGAGGGCAAAGCGUGAUUAUCGCAGUGCUAUUGAAGGGAUCAGAAGUGGAGAAGGAGCGUCAGGGAGCAGAUUUUGUUAUGUGUGCGGACUCCAAAAUGAGUGCUAUCCAGCAAACAGAGGCCGUUUGGCUACAGAGCAAGCAAAAGAGGAGAAAAUAUAUUUGGAAGGGUCAUGGGUCUGAGUAGCUGGCCGCCAGGGAGUGGGUGGGAGAGGACUUGGUGGCACGAGCUUGGUAAUGACAUAAAAGCUGUUCUCUCUAAAUCACCAGCGUCUCCGUCCCAGGAGGCGGCGAUCACCAUUGGCUGUUUGCUUGAAAGCAGAUGUAAAAUAAAUUGCAGGUCAAAGUCCAGCAGAGUUGACGGUGUCGUGAAAAUAAUCACCGAGAUGAGUCUUAAUUGUCAUCCUUGAAAAUUUCAGAAGACGUACCAGGGAAUGAGUGGGACUCAGAGCCACACACAGCCUCAUAAAGCUCUUCCCUCCGGUUGGGAGCUGUGGUGACACGCUGCACAGGAGUUUGUCUUGCUGCUGCUCUCCUUCGGUCCGGACAGACAGCCCAUGGUGCUCACGGGCUGCAAGAAGGGAACCAGGACCUGCAGCAAGUCUCAGGCGUUGGCUGGAAAUACCUCCCAGCCCAGGUAGCUUACUGAAUGCAGCCUUUGAGUACAUUUUUUCUUCUUUUUUUUUCCUUCUUUCCUUUUUUUUUUUUUUUUUCUUAAGGAUUUGCAGAGAAACAAGCAAGCAGAGGCCAAGCAUUUAAUGGAUAUAUUUUUCACUGGCUCUUUUAUCAACAGCGUAUGAGAAAUCCCGAAGGACAGAAGCAGUUAGCUAACCAAUGAGGCAUCGUAGCCAGCGCUAGGCUCUGUGCAGGAGAAAAAAGAUGCCGAAGGCAGAGCAGCUCUAGGGGAAAGAGAUUUAAGCGUAGGUUUGGCGCCGAGAAACAUGCCUCCCCUCUGUUUGGAGACCAGUCCGUAUGAGAUUGCCAUAGCCCGCAGCAGCCGUUUCGCGGAUGAUAGAGUUGUCAGACUGUGCGUGCAAAGGCUCCUACCACUGGGUGAGGGACCAGUGGGGAUUGCUCAUUAAUGGAGGGAAUGUUAACAAGGAUAAUUCUGGCUUGCGAGACUGCGUGUGCAGGGUGGAUCCGUGGUAGGGGCUGAUGGAUGGUCUUUGUGGGGAUUUGAUCAGGGAGAAGGUGGUUGACAGCGUGUGUGGUGCUUUUCUGGCUGAUUGUCUCUGCCCGAGGAGAGCCUGCAGAAGUCACCAGCCAGGUCCUAGGUGAAAGCAGGAGCUGAGCAGUGGUCUGGAUGUUUAAUUUGUAGUGUUCUUUUGCAUUGUGGUGCCUUGGGUUUUGUGUUGCAUGAUGGUAACAAACCGCUGUCCAAGAAUUUCUCUACAAAACUUCCCUCAGUAAGAGAGCUUUCUGCUUUAUGCUAACAUGUCGGGCUAUUUGAUGCUAAUCCCCGCCGUCAGGACGAGCUCACUGAGUGACAGCUCUUCUGACCUGCUUAGCAUCAGCCCUGGCUCUGGAGUAAUGCUGCAUUACAGCGUGCAUGAGCCCCAGCCUGUCCCCGUGGGGAUUUUGGGGCGGAUUGCAGAGCGUGUGAGAGGUUUUGCUGGUGUGGCCAGUCCUGGCAUUGGUGCCGCCGCUAACACUGCCUGGGACAAAGAUGUUUUCCUUCGGCAGGAUUAGGCUGGAUUCCUUAUGGCUUCUGAUCUGUGUUUGCCAUCUGUUUUCCCCAAUGGUGGUGUACUUUUUUUUUUCUAGAUCAGAAAAGUGAAAUUGUUUACCCGUUCCUCGAAUAUAAUCUCAUAUAUAAAGCGAAAAAAAAGUUAAUAUAUAAAAUAAACUCUGGCAUGUGCUGCAUGUAAAUGAGAGGUGCGUUUGCUCGUUCUUUCUCCUGUGGAGAAACCCACAGCUCCUCAGGCUCACCCUCCUGUCCGAGCUGAGCCCGAGCAGCAGUGGGAUUCAGCACCCGGUGGCCAUGGGCACGCAUCCAGCUACCCCAUGGGAGCCUCUCGAGCUGAUCUCCGAGGAGGCAGCUGGGGAGGAGCUGGGUUUGUGAAGCAAGGUCCCAGCCGGCUUGCCGUGUCCCGUCUAGCGGGGCUGUUCGCGUUGUGCAGUUGGUGGCAGAGAAAGCCGAAUGAGUUUCCUAACCUGGAAUGUGCUAAAUCUGGUUUGUGUCAAGUACGACGCAGGAGAUACGCAGUGUGAGUGGAAAAAUAGCUGCCGGCAAGCGGAUUCAUGUCCUCUCAGAGCAAAUAAAACCCACUUUUAAAAUAAAUGUUAAAUCUUGCCUUUGGUUUGAAGGGAGCCAGGCCCGCAGCUCAGGUAUGGCGAGAGAUAUUUUAGCUUGGGCUGCAGAAACAAGCUCAUUGCUGGGUUCAUGACCCUGUCUCUAUCCAUCGAGGCCACUGAUCUGCUGGCUGCUCAGAGAGGGCUGUCACCCCCCAAAAACGUGGCUAUGGGGAGCAGAUUUUGGCUGGAGACAGUGUCUGCUGCCAGGCCGUGUCCGCCUUGCCAGUGGGGACGAGGCGGGGGGAUGCCCACGCCGUCUUUUUGCUCCUUGCCUGGAGGAAGACAUUCAAGGAGACUCUGUGUGGGCCGGGAGGUUUUCCCCACAGCCAUCGCUGUAGGUGAUGUAUAUUUAUGAGAGGAACAAAGCGGGCCGAGGACGCCGUGGCAGGCGGCUCUGUGUGGCGGCCUGUCAGGAGGCCCGGAGCCGCCAUUUUGGUGCGGGCCAGCUGUGGCCGUACUCACACGGUGCAGCUGCAAGGCAAAGAAUGGGAAAUGGGAGCGGUUUGGGGAUGGAAAGGGAGUUUUGGAGCACCAGAAUCUGCUUCUGAGUGAGGUAGGCUGUGCCUUUAUGCAGCGCCAUUUCCAGCAUGGCAGCCUCCUCAGCUGGUGGUGUGGAGGAGAGGCCAGCUCCUCUCCGGCGGUUGUGGGCGUUAGGCUCUGCAGGCAGCAUUCACAAAUGUAUUAAAAAUGCAUACGGUCACUGGUUUAUGACCAGUGGUGGUCAGUGUCUGCUCUUGGGCUGCUGAUCGAUCCCGAUUGCGUUUUGUGCAAGGACCACGACUUCCCACUUGAACCCCUUAGCCGUCAUGUAGCACUGGAUGUCUCUGUCGCCGAUUUGUCACAUAUAUGCAUUCACGUGUCUGUAUAUGUAUACACAUACAUAAAAACACAACUUACUGGUCCAAAUGUCGUGCUGUACACCCUGUGGCCUACAUGCCUUCCUUCCCUCCACUUGUGGAAGGGCUUGCAAGCAGGGAUUGUCCUCCACGCUGAGACACUCAUGUAGGGUUUGUGAGGUCGACCUUCAUAUUGUUGUUUUUCCCUAUGCAGCCAGCACCAGUCCUGCGGGGUGCUUUGGGAAAUACAGGAACAUCCACCAGUUUCUUUUGUGUUGCCAUUGGAAUUUGGGAUGCAGUAAGAACAAAGAUCCCCCAGUGCUACCGAUUUCUGUGCUUGUGUAGGUCUUGGUAAAGACAGUCAGGUAGCCCGUAUCUUGAAAAUACCUCAGCUAAAAUACACUUCCCAAAGGGUCUGGAUCAUUUCAGCCAGGACUCACGAAGAGGAAUGAGGAGUGCCACAUCUGCCAAAUAAUUUGCUGUAGCCAGUGUGUGAGUUUGCUUCUGUGAGAUGAGGGUUUUUGCUCUUGGAUCAAACAUCAAAGGGGUCUUACAUAAUGCAGCGUCUUUUAACAUUGGUAAGGUAUUAGGCCAUAAUCAUGUAGCGCUCUGAUGUAUUUUAUUAUUCUAUUUUAUUUCUGAAUGCGGCUCACCUCUACCCAAGUGAUUCCCUAGCCCUACAGAAAAUAAUGAUGAAGGCGAUAAAGUCCUCUUUCUGUGCAGCUGUCGGUUUGGGUGCACCCCAAGCAACAGCAUCCCUGGCAGGGGUGGCUAGCUCUCCUGGUUCCUCAUCUACCUACCAAAUCUUUCUGGAGGCCGUGAGGCUCGUGAGCAUCUCCAGCAGAUUUUGUAGGCUUGAGAUUGCGAAGGCUGGGGCUGGGACUGAGCUGGGCAAGCGAGCGGGCCUCCUGGUGCCAGCGUGGUGGCCCCGUGGGGUUCACUGGGUUAUUGGUCACGGCAGGUUUGGGAGGCGUUGUUCUUUAAUGAACACUUGUGCUGUAAAAAUGAAGGGCUCAGCUGUUGAAAUGAGCCUCUGGUGAUGGAUGUGUGUGUAUGAUUUUUCCACUGCUGUUUAAUUUAAGGGAUUUUCCCUGUUCUGUUGGUUCUGGUUGCCUUUUUCACCUCCUCAUGAAACCCCAAAAUGUAACACUCUCGGCUCUCUAUCGAAGUGUAUUUUUUCAAGGCGACGAUUAAAAUUUCAGAUUUCAGACAUCUGAGCUGCUCCUUCCCCUUCUGCAGCAAACGUCUGUCCCGGCGAACGCUGCCGAGAGGAGAGUGCAAUAGCAAGUUUUAAAGCAAGAAAGUCAUUUGGCACCGGGCUUGCGCAGGGAUAAAUUCUCCAUCCCGCCGCGCUUUACAGCAUUACGGGUUUCUGAGCAUCCUCCUGGGAGCCAGCCUGCCGUUUGUCAGCAUUUGCACCAGCGCGAGCAGCGACGGCUGCCUUCAACAAUGCUGAUCAGCUCCCGUCCUGCUCCUCGCCUGCCUCCCCGACGUGCGGGGGAAUCUGUCUUCCCUGUCACUCAGGAUAAUGACGCCCCGCCGGCAGCGCGCGGGGCCGGCAGCACGCUGUAAUCUCCUUGAGAGCUUCAUUCCCCAGCUGGGACUCCCGAAUUUAAGCAUGCAGGCGGUGGAUGGUGGCUGCACUUGAGCCCGGCUGUUGGUGUGCCGAGCUGCUGAACAGGCUGAAGGGGCUUUUUUGUCUUUUUGUCUGGAAAUAACCUUGGCUUUUGCAGGGGCAAAAUCUAAGGGUUUCACCUCGUUAAAUCGGGUCUGCUUUAAUUUGAGCCACCUAUCCCAUUUUCGAAAGCUUUCUUGCGUGGAUUAAUAAUUCAUUCCCAAACAGGGGGUUAGCGCAGUGGAUAUUUCAUUGUAAAUGCGUAUCUGUAAUUAGAGCUCAGCGUGCCGAUGCAGAAUUCCUUAUCUUGUAGUUUUUCAGAGGCACCCAUCUUAAACCACAGCCUUGCCCUUCAAAAAUAUGAUUCCGUGUAUUUAAAGGUCUGAAUGACCUUUUAAUCAGACACUGCACCUUUCCUUCCAGCUGAUAUGACAACGUCUGACAGUAACUCGACCUGAUGCUGCAAGAAAAUAAAUAAAGGCCAUCUCAGCUGCUAUGCCUUUAAAUCUGCCUAGCGAGCUGCGGUUUUGUGUUUGGGUAGAUGGACCCACGGAGGAGCAUUACGUUUAGUUUUCAGGCGAAGACAAUAUAUUGAGUUUAAUACAUUUGCAUGUCUGGCUGCUCUUUCGAGAUCAAUUUAGGCGUGUGAUUGCUUCCUACCACUCUGAAGUCGAGCCUCUCCCGCAGCCGACCUCCUUAUGAAUUAUGAAUCCGCAUCCCUCGCUGGAGCUCAGCAGCCAUCUUACAGCCCGCGCCGACCCGCGGGGACAGCCCUGCUGUGCCACCGCCGCUCCUCGGUGUGCCUGGGGAGCUCACUCCUGCUGCUGCUUCCUCACCAACCGCGCAGGACGCAGCGGGGGCUGGCGCAAAGGAGACUCCAGCCCUUGGGGGUGGUUGUAUCAGUGAACACCACCAGCAAAAUCAGCGAGUGUUUGCGUGUGGUUUCCCAGGGUCUUGCUUUUAGGAUGGUCUCUGCUGCUGCUGCUGGUGGGCAGCUCUGGAUGAGCCAGGCUGGCUGAUCCGGCGUCAGCUCAGGGCUGGCCCCAGCUCCCUCCCUGGUCAGUAGCUCUGGAGGAGAGCCGUGGGUCUGUACGCACGGGCUUGGAGGGCACUGGCAUCAGCUUCUGACUUUGAAGGGCAAGCAGGACCUCGCAGACACUGCCCUUGCAGGCUCAGCACCUCUGCCUCUGAUGCAUGUUGUACUUUAAAGCUGUGAAAGGAAUUGGCUUGUGCUCAGGUGCCCACGGAGGCACCCAAAUUCAGGCGGACACCGUUUGGGGGGAAGGCAGCCAGGGGAAGGAGGGAGUGGUCCUGAAGGCAGGCCCGCUCUGCCUCCGCAUCCCCUCUGCCGGGACGCGGCCAGGCACCGUGGCGAGGUUGUGUGGUUGCUCCAAAAGCUCUGUCUGGUUUCCAGGAGAUGUUUUUGCUAACAAUGUUUGCGUUUCCAUGAAUGCCUCGCUUGACUACCUAAGGAGACCGCGUGUUAGGUGUGCUAUAUGCCACCUCACGCCCGUCACGUGUGACCCUAAAGCGGCGUGUGCGCGUCUCCACGAAUCGUCGAGCUGUGUGAGGCAUCGUGCUGUUCCUAGAUAACUGAAAGUAUGCCUGAAAUGUAAAGGGAAAGAACAAGUAGAAGAAAUCGAGUGUUGUAAUGCCGCGAAAGAAAGCUUAACUUGUUUUCUUGCUUUUUUUUUAGAGAACACCUGUUCCCAGCGCUGAAGCAUUCCGAUGGUUCUUUUAAGCAGUAGUGUAUCUUAUUUUCGAGGCAGUCCGAAGUGAAUGGCAAGCUAAAGUCUUGUUUUAAGAAACUGCUUAGUCCACCAUUGAAGAAUAUACUCAGAUACUAUUUUCAUUUCUGUAUAGGGGUUUCCUCAAAAGCAAAAGACAAAAAUCUGGGAGCCUGGGGAAUUGGCCGGCUUAUUCACAUUCAGUACACUGAUUCUUUCUUUGAUGUAACUUAGCUAUACUAGUGAAGUUGUUGUCUAUUUUUAAAGUGGCUGUAAAAAAAAAAAAAAAAAAAGUUUGGGUAAACCCCUGCUAUAAAGUCAUGUAUCUUUGAAAAGUAACAUAUCUAUACUUCAUUUUCAAAUAUAUGUGUUUCAGUACUGUAAACUGUACAGAUAGCCGCUUGUAUUUUGUGUGUUUAGACACAAGGAGACAAUCAUGUCUGAGCAUCUAUGGAGAUUAACGGUUUGUACACAACGGUGUGGUUCUGCGAGUUAAAUCCGGAGCAAUAAAUCCUAGCUUUAAAGAUUAUUUUGCUAGUUGUUUAGCAGCAGCAGCAGCAACAGCAGCACUGUUUUACCAUGCAUCCUCCCGUAGAGACUUGAUGCCAAGUUUUCCAAGACAAACAGAUUGUGACACAUCCAGCAAUUACCUGCCGUCAUGGUGUCGUAAGAAGGGAAGACAUAACAUGUCAGAUUACUCUUUCCAGCACUAUAUUAGAGUAGUGGUUUAUGCACUUGCAUUGCUUCCAAAGGAGCUUUACAGAGGGCUUUCCCUCAAAAAAUGCUGUACGGUGUUCGACCCACUUUUCACUGUGCUGUGUGGUGGAUUGCCCAGCCUAGGUGGCCAUCCAACACCGCUCGUCUGUGCAAAGUCUGUUCUAGAAUGCAACACAGAGUGAGUACGAGCCCCUGGGAUAGACGAUGACUCGGCCAAAUUACCCUCCGUCUGUGGGUUCUGAUGUAAAAUUUUCAGUCAAUGGGGAAAAUGUUUCAUAAAGCCGAAUGCAAUACUUUUGGUCCAAGUGGAGUCGAUCUUUGAUCAUUGGACCGGUUCAGGUCUCACUUGCAGUUAUUUGAGAGCCUGGAUGUUUUUGCGGUAUAAAAAUUAACUUUUUUUUUUUUUUAAUUUGCAAAAAGCAAAGACCACUUCUUCCCACACAUUCCUCAGUCCGCAGAUCUUAGCUUUGCUGUCGCACCAGUCCCUUAGGCCCCCAGCAGCACGGUCUGCCAGGCUUCUUCCCACUCUAGCGCCGUCUGCCCUCCGGCAAGGCAGCGCACGGCGGGCUGUAACUCACGUGUGGUGAAAGAUAAGGAGGAUACCAAACUUAGGGAUACCCAAUACCAGUUGAUCAACACGUUUUAUUGCUUGGCUUCGUCAUACCGCUCAUGAGUGGAAAGGCCGUCCCGUCAAACUAAGCGAAGGCUGUCGUGCCACGUGCUUGACAGCUUGGCCAUUUUGUACAAGACAGGACUCCCAGUAGUGUCACAGAAAGGUGCUGGGCAUGGAAAUACUUGGCCAGUGACACACAGCCCGUCCAAAUCUCCUCUCCUUUCAGCACUUUCUCUGUUAUUUGCUCAACGCUUCAGGCCUUGGCACCCCUGGUCAUCCUCAUGUGGUGAAGCACGUGGGGUGGUGGGAGCACCACGGUGUGGGACCUGCAUGGGAGGGGGGACGCCGGCGUUGUCAGGGGAGGGAGCUCUGGGGACUGGCGGCUCUUGGGACCACUCCGGAGAGCCAAGGUCCUCCAGGAGGAGCCUCCUGGGGUCUCACGUGUGUCAGCAGGGCAGGGGUGGGCCACGGUACCCGGAGGAGCGCGGGCGGGCUGGGCUCAUGUCCACGUCAUUGCGUUGUGUGACGCCGUGCCAUGGCUUCAGGAACGGGAGCGCCAUGCUCGAAAUGCUUCUGUCACGGUGCCCCCCGUAGAGUUUGUGCACGGAUUUCUUUUGUGUUUGAGACUUUUUGGUUAGGGCCUCUGUUGCUGACCACUAGGCCGAUACGAGCUCUGUAAGGUCUUCUCUACCGAAAUGCUGAUUGACUUAUCAACCGAAGCCUUAUUUGCACAUCUGGCUGGUAAGCUUGCCUUGCUUUUUGGAAAAUUGUGAUCGCUCUUACAGAAGUAGAGACAAAAUUAAGUUCAGGCUACAUUAGGUGUACAAAGAAUAUUCAUAGCAAUGUACUUACUGUCUGAUACCCUAAUGUUGCAUGUCUUGAUGUGCUUUAUUUUUUUUGUUUUGUCAUUUUGUUUUUAAAAACUGAUGGAUCUGUAUAUUGUAAUUGUAGUGUUUUACAUGUCAAUUCAAAAUUGUUAAAACAAAACAAACAAAAACAACAAGCAAACCUGUUAAUUAUUGAAAACGAACAAGAGUUGAUUUUUCUUUGAUUUUCCCGCGUGGUUUUCAUUUCGGAUGUUGUUCCUUUACACCAUCACAUUUAGAUUUAUGUGAUGUAGUGGACAUAGAGCGUUUUGGUUAGUGAUGUUCAAAGAAGGAAAUCCUUUUUCUGGCCUUCCCUCUCCCCCAUUGUAUGCAUAUUUGUAAAUCAGAAUUUUUUUUUUCAGGUACUAAUAAUCAAAUUUGCUUUUCACAAAGACCAAGAACAUUUUCCAGUAUGAAAGUUUGUCCUCCUCUUUCAUUCGCUCGUCACAAAAAAGAGGUUAAAAAAAAAAAAAAAGAACACAAUUUUGCAGUCUUUUAGGUGUGAACAUUAAGGCUAAUGGAAGCAUUGUUGGCAUACCCCAGAUAAACGUGUAGGAAAAAUGGUAAGGCUGAAAGGGAGGCACGUGUACCCGUUCAGUGAAUUAAUAACAGACCCUCCGUACGAGGGCAAAUGCUCCCUUCCGUGCAGAACCCCUGGUAUGUAAGUCAUGGAAUUAACGUUAAAGAAUACCGAGUUUUUAAAUGGGCCAUAUCUGUAAUCAAAUAAUGAAGAAAGAAAGUAGUUAAAUGAACAUACCAUUCAGGGUCGAAUACACUCAGCAAAAAGCAGUAGUGGGUCUUUGAUCAUGGUUAGAUGCAUAGUGAUAUCAAACAGUGGGUUCUCAUGUAACAGCUAAAUGUUUCAGAUUUUGUUUUUAUUAAAUUUGGCAGUUUCACGCUGAGCUCUACUGUAUUCUUAGUGAAUAAAAGACAGCUCCUAUGUUAGAAAGUACUCAAUUUCCACAAUUGCAGGGAACUAUAGGAGUUUUUUUUUCAGAAACACGGGCCGCAGAAAUGUACUCCUUUCACAGUGUUCUCCUAUUUCUGAACUGUGCAGUUAUCUAUUAAAUUUUCUAAUAGAUAUUUGUGUAAGGUGUAUGUAUGCUUGUGCAAUUAUGGAAAAAAAAAAAAAAAACGGUUUUGGAAAACAGUGUAUUUAUGAAAAAAAAUAAUCACUUAUGGGGCAUGUACAAAACUGUAUAAAAACAUUCAAUUUGCCCAGUAAAGUUGUUUUUGUGAUAUUUCUGUGUUGUUGAAUAAAGGACUUUAGUAUUCAAAAUAUCUCUCUUUUUCCAUAAACAGGUUUUGUUUGUGGGAUCUUAAACAGUGAAAACUGCUUUUAAAAAAAGAACCCUCAGAGUGAGGCAGAGGGUCCAAAAGCUGACCCCAGUCACAUGUUUGGGAAUGAAUGCUUAUGAAGUGACGGUACAACAGCUACGCGACCAAUUCCUUCUCAAUUGGCAGUCGAUGGACAUCCCGUAAGCUGUGUACCUGCAGGUAAUGCUGUGCUCUGAGUUGUUCAAGGUAGCAGGAAAAAAAAAAAAACAAUCCCUUUGUAAAACUAGGAGCGUGAUGUUGAGAUGUGGAGGCUACAGAAAGGGUCGUGAAGUGAGAAGUAAGACGGACUCAGCCCUUCUGUUGUGCAGGGAAGGUGGACCAGAGAGGGUGACGCGACCACUUAGCAGUUACCUUGGUAGGGAAGAGUGUGUGAUGGUGAAACCUCAUCCGUAACUCUGGCAGCAGAACCUAGUGCUGAGGGCGGGGUGUCACGGCGCUCCUGGAGCAUCGGGGAUUACGAGCGUGGUUUGUGAAUGGUGGCGAUGCCUUGCUCUGUGUUUUACUGCUGCUCAGUUCAGUUCUGCUCUCUGCCUGCCUUGUGAGAUGCACCUAGGAAAGGAAUCCGUUUCCUGCUCCCAUUUCAUUUCCCCGUGCUACAGACAGGCAUUAAAACAACUCCAGAGAGGUGGGCAGGCACAGCACCUGGUUGUCCUUGCUCUGUGAAUAUGCCGUGCAUGAACGUAACAGCUCGUGUGUGCCAGCGCGGGACUGGGACAGGGUGUGCGAGACGAGGUAGGUCCUUUGGGCCAACAGGGUCCUUCGAUCCCAGCUGACUUUCCAGGGAUCUUUUGUUUUCUAAAGGAAGCAGCAAAACCAAAAGGAACAGGGGUGGAUUUUUCGCUGAUCCUGGCUUCCUUCUUCGAAGCCCGUAUGGAUAGAUGCUCUUGCGAGGCCUGGGCCGCUCAUUAGACAAUGCCAAGAGUGAGCCUCGAGUUGUGUUUGAAGAGGAGGAAAAGGGCUGCCAAGUUGCUCAGGCACCAUUCAGUGAUCUCUCUGGAUUAGAUACAGAAUUCGCAGGGAGGAAAUGUGCUAAUUUUGUGAGAUGGUCGAUUUGGAAGCAGGAAGAGGUCUCCGAGUUCCUAUUCCUUUAAUGCUUUCUCUUUCAACUAUUUUUCCCCUUGAGUAUUGUUUUAUACCAGUCUGAAUGAAAAACGUCCCUCAGCUCCAGAGAAAUACUCACCCCAGAUAUGAACCCUGCAGUUUAAAACUACCUUUAGCUUUUUAUAGCUUUUAUUUUUUAAUUAAAAAAAAAAUCUAAAAAAGAAAAACCAAUCCAAACAACAAGCAGGUAAUUCUUCAAAGCCCAAACUGACAAACUCAUUACUGAGACUAUUAAGAGGAAGGGAAAUAUCCUUUUGCGUGGAAGCUCAAUUCUUCUAGGCCAUGCUGGACUCAAUUUGUUUUUGCCACCAGCCAUUUCAGCUCUCCCUGAUAUUUCUCCAAGGAACAGGUCUGAAAUUAUGAAUGGUCUAGCGGUGCAAAGCAACGCGCCUUCUGGGAGGCCCCAGUCCUCCUCGGAUUCCCAUGGGCUUUGCUGGAUAACUUGUGAAAUUUGAGAAAGUUGCGGAGGUGGCUUUGUUGUAAGUUCUACCUUAGUUUGAUGCCAGGAUCUGCUUGGUCACCAGUGUGCAGAGGGCAUGGGUAGAUGGCCCUAAAGUCUAGGAAAAUAAGAAACGCUUCUUGUCGGUAGAAUAUACAGUGACAUUGGAGACCACCAGCCCUCUCUGAGGAAAGAAAGGUGAAGUUCAGCAUCACACAGAUAUUGGGAUCUGCCCCCACCCUGGCCUUGAUUCCCUUUGCUGUUUGGUAUUUAGGAUGGACGCGGUUGUUGGGAUAGCUGGGUUCUCUGGAAAGGCGGUUUUGCCUAACAAGAGUAAAGGAAAUGCAUGUAGCGAGUGGUAAUCCUGUAAGACAAGUCAUCUAGGCUGCCUGAAUAAGCUGUAAUGCUCAGGAAGUAAGCGCCUCCAUUCUUCUUUGAAGUUUUCAAACUAUAUUAAGGUGUUUUCGUGUUAUUUUUAAUAUAAUAAACAAGGAUAGUUUGUAAUGCUGCUGCCCAUUCCCUGAAAAGUGGGUUUUAGACUUGAAUCCUCAUGGCUUAAUUUCCCAACAAACUUUGAAGGCACUUCUGAGUAGACCAAGAUGUCUAAAUCUGAGUGCCCUGUGAGGGAAGCUCCUGUGGUUGGGGAUUCAUUGGUCUGUGUAAGCCACCCUUGACUUGCUGAGUGAAGGAUCUGUGCUAGAAAAUAAUUCAUCAGAAGCCUCGUAGGAAGAUCUUCAGGUGCCGCCACGUCAGUCAGAGCCCAGACUAAUUACUCGGAGCAUUUUCCCCCAGCUCAGUUUAUCGCACUCUCUAGCUGAGAACACCUUUCUUCCCUCGCUCCUUUACAUCUGCCCUCGUCACGGAGUUACCAAUGCUAGCCAUCUGCGCUUCUUCGGGGAAAAAAAAAUAGAAGAAAUGCAGAUCUAAGGGGAAAGAAGGUUUGUGUGUCGAGACCGUGACUGGAAUAGCUCGGUCCAUGUGGCUCGUAGGAAGCUCUGAUUUCUAGCUGGGGGUGUCUGAGGCCACCAGGCUCUGUGAGAAGUAGCUGAUCUAUGCAGUGGGCUUCGUCUCCUUGGUGCCUGCGUUUUAGAGAUGCCUAGAGCUGGAUAUCCAUGCCUAGAGAUGGAGAGUCAGCUUGCCCGGCUGCCGUGUUGACCGAGGGUGUGUGGGUUAAUGCAGAGCUAUGGACAAGUGGCUUCCAACCUGUUCGGGGAGAAUUAGUGGGUAAAUAACCUUGUCUAAAGAAAUCUGCCGCCCAGAUUAGGAACUGUGAAUCUAAUUACUGCUUUCUGGUAUUCUGCUCUGACUUGUUUUGCCUUUUUAUCCCAAUUGUUUGCAUUCCUAGAACUGAUUUGCCUUUUUUGAUGCAAUGCCAUGUGACCUGCUGAUUAAUUUUUGUGAGCAAUCAUAACCUCCAAGCUAUGGCUGACUUGCUAUCUUUUUAUGCUAUGCUCCAUAAACAUUCAUUCAUUUCUUAUGAUUACUGUGUGGAAACAGACUUUUACAGGCUAAUAAACUUGGAUUUGAACUGUA